AUGGUAAUUUCAGGUCCUCCAGGGCCGCCCGGCAAGCGCGGUAAGAAAGGAAAGAAAGGAGACCCCGGCGAGCCCGGACCACCGGGGUUAAUGGGAGCGCCGGGGAAAAAUGGAUUCCCGGGCCCCAUUGGAUUGGAUGGACCCAAGGGUGAUCCGGGCCGAGCGGGAGACAAGGGUCAAAAAGGCGAGCACGGCAGUCCUGGAUUUGACGUCUUCUCAGCGGUGAAGGGUCUGCAGGCGGCCGGUCACAACAUCUCCGCGCAAUCCAUCAUUCAACUAAAGGGUGAGCCAGGGGAGCCAGGUCCUCCAGGGCCGCCUGGACCUCCUGGCACGGAGGGGAUAGCGGGGGCGGAGGGUCGAGUGGGCCCUGCCGGAGCACCUGGUGCAUCUGGUGCCCUGGGUCCCCCUGGGCCCGUCGGGCCAGUAGGGCCGGUUGGGCCACCUGGACCUAUUGGACAUAAGGGAGACAAAGGCGACAAGGGCGAGCGUGGCUUCACGACGACACUGAAAGGCGACUCCUUCCCCACCGGCAUCAUUGAGGGGCCUCCGGGACCUCCAGGACCUCCCGGAACGGAAGGCGCGCGCGGGGAGCGCGGCGUGGCGGGCGCGCCCGGCCCGCCCGGGGAGCGCGGCGCGCGCGGCAAGCGCGGCAAGCGGGACAACCUCUCUUUUGUUCUAGUCUCUACGACGAUUUCUAUCGCUCUUGCUAUUGACUUGGAAGUUGUCGCCAACUGCCGUAUCUUCCUUUGCCUCUUUGGUUACUCUCUAAUUCACGUAUCUGCAAAAUGUUGUCCU